AAGCUCGCCGAUUAUUUAUUUAUUUUAGUGGGCUGCUACGGGACGGAGAUCCCGGUAAACGAACCCUUGUCCCCUGUCAGCAGCCGGCUUUUAACAGGCAACGUAUGUAUAACAAUGGACAUGAAAGAUUCGGGCAGCGUCAUUCUGACAGCUUACCAUUCGUAUCAUUCGCCGGCCAGAAUACAUUUGGUGGAGCCGAGUUUUGCGCCUCCUCAGUCAUCUGGACCCUGUAUUUCAAACAGGAAACCGUGCUACCAAGUGUCCGGCAGGAUGAUAUCCCAGGAGGCACUGCGCCUUCCGCCCGAGGGGCGCUCAGUGUCCCAGAAUUCCCUGGACUUCACCUCCAUGGAGGACUACUGGAGUGAGGUGAAGAGCAUGGAGGAGAACGGCCAAGGGUGUCAGGAGGAGCUCCUGGAACGCAGCGUCGAUGAGGCUGAGCUUGAGGAGGCCUGGCUCCACGAGGCGGGGCUGUCCACGCUGGUGUCCGGAGCGCCGGGAGACGGUCCCGCGGAGGCCCUGCUCUCCACCCUCACGCGCACACAAGCCGCCCUCGUCAAGAAACGGCUGGAUAACUACACCCAGACCAUGCGCAAGAGGAACAAGCAGCCCAUGCGCCAUGUCCGUGAUGUCUUCUCCACCCCCGAACCCCUGUCUGGACGUGCCAGUGACACCGUCUCCCCAGUCCCCCCUAACACCCAGUCCCCCCUCAAAAUACCCCACUGGAGCCCUGUGCAAGGGGAGGUCCAGCCCGUGAAGGAGACCCUGGCGUUUGAUGUGCCAUACUCGGAGGGCGUCGCUGCCCGCAGGAAGGAGGGGAACUGCCAGGACUGCAGCCGGGUCAGCAGGGAGGACUCCCCCCCGCCCAUAUUUCUCCCCCCGUGUCCCAAACUUGGACUGACCCGAGUGGACGACCUGUCCUCUGAAGACAUGAGGAAGGUCGGGUACAUCUCCCUGAUAGAGCUGACCACCUUCUACGACGCGCUGGGCUUGGAGCUGAAGAGGAGGCGGUCGGUGCGCUGCAAGGCUCGGGAGAGCGGCAUCUUUGGAGUUCCCCUAGCAACGCUUUUAGAAAACGACCAGAAAAAACUCCCUGGGUCCAAAGUUCCGCUGAUUUUCAGAAAGCUGUUGUCCAAGCUGGAGCAGACAGGUCUGCAGACAGAGGGCAUUCUGAGAGUACCUGGGUCAGCCUCCAGGGUCAAGCACCUACGGCAGGAGUUGGAGACCAAGUUCUACGAGGACCGCUUCGACUGGGAGCAGGUCCGACACAACGACGCGGCCGGGCUACUGAAGAUGUUCAUCAGGGAGCUGCCCUACCCCCUGCUGACGCUGCAGCACCUCCCGGCCUUCAUCGCCGUGCUCAAUAUGCCGCUGUCCAAACAUCAGAUCCAGGCACUGCACCUUCUCAUCAUGCUGCUCCCGGAGCCCAACAGAGACAUGCUGAAGGCCCUGCUGGAGUUCCUUAGGAAGGUGGUGGCUCAUGAGGACAAGAACCGCAUGGGCCUGUGGAAUGUGUCCAUGAUUGUGGCUCCCAACCUGUUCAUCAUCCGUGGGAAGAGUGCCAAGCUGGAGGAGAUGCAGGGGGCUGCGGGCACCGCCCGCCUGGUGUGUCUCCUCAUCACCAACCAGGACCUGCUGUGGACGGUGCCGUGCUUCCUCAUCUCUCACCUGCGGAAGCUAAACGAGGCGUCUGUGACCAAGAAGCCUCCGAGUUCAGAGAAAACCAAAAGGAAACUGCUGCGGAGAUGGACCAUGGACCGCGACAAACGAGAGAAAGCUCAGUUCUCAGAACUUUUUCGUGAGAACGUCAUCCGCGUUCACGCGCCCCUCCACGCCAAGGUCUCCAUGGCGAUACUGCUGGACAACGAGACAAAGGCUAAGGAUGUCUUGGCUCGCUUCGACUGCGAGAAUGGGUCCCGUGUCUCUGGCAGAAAGCCCAGGCAGUUCUUAUUUGAGGUCGGGGGAAACAUAGGAGAGAGAUGCUUGGACCCUGAGACGCAUCUUCUUGAUUUGUACCGUGUCAAUCCCAACUGCACAUGGGUCUUCAAGCCCAAAACAACCUGAGGAGGCCCCCGGAGCAGUAAGAGACUGCAAAAAUAAACCAUCAAUACAAGCUGUCGCCCUCUGGUGGCCGUCCGCGUGAGGGCAUUCAUUGAGCCGGGAUUACCGAAGGCGCCUGUGGUUCGAUGUCAAUUUGGACUCCACCACGAACCCCUCGUUCACGGUCUAUAAACAGCUGGGCUGUUGUCUCUGUGUAAAAGCCUUAUCCUGUGGAGAACCUGAAGUUCUGGGAGCGGGGCACUGGUGCGUACUGAUUUUUGACGGAGGGAUUUUUAAUAACAGCAAUUGAUUCGGUGAGCCGUGUCCACCGCGGUCAAAAAUAAGGCCAUCUGGAUUUUUACGGUGCCAAAAAGCACGAUUUCACGCGUGUGUUACUGCAGCCACGACCCCUGCUGCUCCGCUGACCUUUCACCGACAGCGAGGCAACAGCAGUGUAAACAAGUGUACAAACAAUAUUUAUACCGCUUAUUUAUCCCACUUUUUGUAUUACCGUGAAGUGUAAACAACAUGUUUUUUUAAGUCUGUUGUUCCGUUUUUUGCCGUUUGAAGAGAGAUUUGCGCCGUGUGAUUGCGACGGUCACGCGCCGGGCAGUGCCUCGGUGCCUUUGAUGGGACGAUUGGCGACAGACGUGUGCCGCUGUGGGAGUGGAGCCUGGACUGAGCUGGUCUUGAUUUCAGGCUUUGAGGACAGCCGUGUGCAGCCUGUUAAGUCCCCUCCUCAAACGGCCCGUGGAAUGAACCACUGACUGGGGUACCACUCGUUUGCACUGCUUUCAGCCGUGGUCUUUGAAAACAGGCAAAAGAAAAGCACUUAAAGUCUCCACUAUGGAUGAACUCUGCCAUUAUACACUUGUAAUACUGUCUCAUUCAGUGGAGGAUAUCCAUCAAUAUUAGGCUAUUUUAGGGGCCCAAUAUGCAUUUAUUGCAGGGUUUCAACUAGCCAAGACACUCCUCUGUGUAACAUAUAUGUAGCAGAGACUCUUUUACUGGUUUCCUGCUAUUACUGGUAAGUUGAGUGGGGUGAUGUGUUUUCAGCAAAGUGUAUUGCACCGUUGGUCAAGCUGUAUCAGUUAUAAUGGCAGCACGUGCAAGUCUGUCAUUGACUACAUUGCCUAGAAAAUGUACUAGUGUUUCAACCAAAGCUAGGAAGUGAAUUGCAGUAUGUUUUGUAAAGUUUAUUGCAUAUAUAUAUGUAUAAAUCACAUUUCUAUAAUA